AAGUAAAAAAAAAAACAGUAUUGAAGAAAAACAAAGAAUAUGAAAAUUAUAAGUAAAUUGACAUGUUUAUUUGGUAUAUGGUGUUAAGUGCAUUGUGUAGCAGAGUAAUACAAUAUCUAUUCAAUAUGUAGACGUUAAUAUUAAUUUAAUCAAUUUCUUUGUAUCGUUAAAUAAUGAGUCAAAUUUUAAUUUAACCAAUUUACAUUAGUGUUAAAAUAUCGGUAUAAUAUAAUUUUAACUUAUCCGAAAGAUAGGCGGAUUUAUAAUUUCUGUAGGAUUUGUAAUUAUCCACUAAUAAUAUGCUGAAUAUCGUAAUUCAUCAUGGAUACGAAAACUACGAAAUUCAUUAAAAAAUGUCAACGCAAACAAAAACGAGCGCAACACAGGCUCGUUAGAGAUUUGAAUAUUGAAUACUCCAAAGAGCCAACGCAAUAUUUAGCUAUUUGUAAUGCUGGAUUAGUAACUGGUCUUCAAAGAGAAGUUUUGGAACAAUUUAUAGAAAAAAUAAUACCAAAUUUUCACGUAAUAAUGCCCCCUGGAAAAUCAUAUUGUUUUAUUGAUUUCCUCUCGGUAGAUUGUUCCAAGGAAUUUUACGAUAAGGUUCAUGGUAAUUUAAAAAUACCCAAAUACAAUAUACAUUUUUAUCUAUUGUAUAUUAAAGGAGUUAAUUACUUGGAGGACAAGAUUGAAAAUAUAUUACCACCUGGAUCAAAGUUAUGGAUUGAUUUUAUAACUCCAGAACAAGAAUCGAUGUUAAUAGAAAGUAUUGAUUGGGAAGAACAAGAUGGUAAUACGGAUUCAGAAUUAAAGCACAGAACAGUCAAACACUUUGGUUACAAAUUUCAAUAUGAUAACAAUUUAGUAGAUAUUAAUUAUCCUACAAUACCAAUACCAAAAAAAUAUGAAUUCCUACAAAAACUAUUUGAGCAGCAUGGUUAUGGAUAUUUUGUCUAUGAUCAAAUUACUGUAAAUAAAUACUUACCUGGUCAAGGAAUACCAUCUCAUAUAGAUACUCACAGUGUAUUUGAAGAUCCUAUAUUAUCCCUAUCUCUUGGCUCACCAUACAUAAUGGAUUUUAAAUACGGUGAUAAAAAAAUUGAACUUGACUUACCAGUGAGAUCGUUGUUAGUAUUAAGUGGCGAAGCUCGUUAUGCUUGGAGCCAUGGUAUAUGCCCUAGACAUAAUGAUACUAUAAAAACUAGUAAUGGUUUUUCAACGCGUCCACGUGGUACCAGGAUUUCUUUUACAUUUCGAAAAAUUCGUAAAGAUAACUGUACGUGUAUAUUCAACCACAGCUGUGAUAAUAAAAGUAUUUCAAAAAUUACAAAAAUUAAUAAUUCUAUAGCUGCUAAACUUGAAAAAUCUUACGUACACAAAGUUUACGAAGAAAUUUCAGAUCAUUUUAAUGAAACAAGAUAUAAACAAUGGCCAAAUGUCACAAAAUUUAUUGAAAAUAUAGAAACUGGUAGUUUUUUACUCGAUGUUGGUUGUGGUAAUGGAAAAUAUCUGUUCGGACAUUCAAAUAUUUUUAAAAUAGGUUGUGAUUAUAGCAGAGGUCUUGCUCAAAUAUGUCAAAAUAGAGGUUUUCAAAUUGUAUUAGCAGAUAGUCUCAAACUUCCAUAUAAAUCAAAUUUAUUGGAUGUAGUUUUAUGCAUCGCAGUCAUUCAUCAUUUUACAACUAGUGAAAGAAGAAAGCAAGCUAUUUCUGAGAUCGUACGAGUUUUAAGACUUGGUGGCCAUGCACUUAUUUAUGUAUGGGCCAAAGAACAAAACAAAAAUUAUGUAAAGUCCAAAUAUUUAAAAUGUAGUACAAAAAGUAAAAAAGACAGAAAAAUAAGUGAAGAGGUGCAUUUUGAUACAACAAAAAUCAAGAUGAUAUUGCCUAUUCACGAAAAUCGAACCGAAUUUACUCAUAGUGAUAUGCUUGUUCCAUGGAAACAUAAAAAUGGAGAAAAAGUUCUGCGAUUUUAUCAUGUUUUUGAAGAAGGAGAAUUAGAACAUUUGUGCUCAUUUUUUCCCUCAAUACGUAUAAAUGACGUUUAUUAUGAUCAAGGAAAUUGGUGUGUUGUACUAGAAAAAUUAUAGGACAAAACCGAUAAAAAAAAAAUACAAAUUCCAAAUAGAAAUGAUAUUGAUAUAACUUUCUUUCAAAUAAA